GCGGGUGGGGAUCCCCCUGGAACUGGGGGCCCUGACUGGCCUGGGAAGCCUCGUCCCUGAAGAGAUGCGGCCCGUCCGUGCGUGCCCACCGGCCCGGGGCUCAGAGGGGUAAAUAAUUGAAGGGCAGGUCACACGAACCCGCUCGUCACAGGAUGCCUUCCCGGGUCCGGUUACGCCCCAGAUGGCGUUCUGACAUCCCUGGCUGGUGAAUAAUUAAGCUGCCGCCUCCUUCCCGCCCCCUUCUGCCACUUCCUUCCCUGCCCGCUGAGCAGUGGGCAGCAGAGCACCGGCCCCAGCGCUCCUGCCCCGCCAGGUCCGCCAGCCUCCUGCCCGCACCGGGUGCUCCCCGCUCAUGGCCCCCGAGAUGGACCAGUUCUACAGGUCCACCGUGGCCAUCUACAAGAGCAUCAUGGAGCAGUUUAACCCUGCGCUGGAGAACCUGAUCUACUUGGGGAACAACUACCUCCGGGCCUUCCAUGCUCUGUCCCAGGCGGCCGAGGUGUACUUCACCGCCAUCCAGAAGAUCGGGGAGCAGGCCCUGCAGACCUCCACCUCGCAGAUUCUGGGUGAGAUCCUGCUGCAGAUGUCGGACACCCAGAGGCACUUGAACUCUGACCUGGAGUUGGUGGUGCAGACAUUCCAUGAAGACCUGCUGCAGCACUUGGAGAAGAACACCAAGCUGGACAUGCAGUUCAUCAAAGACAGCCGCCAGCACUACGAGAUUGAGUACCGCCAGCGAGCCGCCAACCUGGACAAGUGCAUGUCGGAGCUGUGGCACAUGGAGCGCAAGAGGGACAAGAAUGCAUGGGAGAUGAAGGAGAGCGUGAACCGGCUGCAUGCCCAGAUGCAGGCCUUCGUGUCGGAGAGUCAGCGCACAGCUGAACUGGAAGAGAAGCGGCGAUAUCGCUUCUUGGCUGAGAAGCACCUAGUGCUGUCCAACGCCUUCUUGCAGUUUUUUGGCCGGGCCCGGGGGAUGCUCCAGAACCGCGUGGUGCUGUGGAAGGAGCAGUCAGAGGCCAGCCGCGCGCCGUCCCGCGCCCACUCCCCGGGCCUGCUGGGGCCCGUGCUGGGGCCGCCCUACCCCUCGGGCCGCCUGACGCCCACCCGCCUGGACAUG